CGACGGUCCCUCAGACCAGCCCCCCUAAUUAUAGUCUCCCCAAGCCAGACCACACAGAAGGAAGACAGUCAUUCCUCUUGAGUAUGCCUGCAACUAGUAGUAUUAUCGUGUCAACAGACCACAUACAGGAAACCGAGGGGACGGAAAUCAACCCAAAGACAAAUUUCUCCUUGGUGUCGGACAUCAUUCGUGCUCUGCAAGACAUCCUCGCACGUUCCAACUCAAGUCCCCACCUCGAAACCCCAUACUCCGAAGCCGGUUCCCCUGAUGCGAACAACCCCGCCAUCGAGUUCAAAGAUAGGACCGUCAUCAUCACUGAACGCCAGCAACAGCUAGAUGCAGUUGUUCACGAGAUCUCAGGCCUGCAAACAGUCAUGGAUAGUAUCAACAAUCUUCGCCAGCAGCUCGCCGAAAAGAAGGACAAGAUUACCCAGUCCAUGAAUUCACACAAGAGACUUGCAUCAGCUCUCUGGCGCUUUCCAACUGAAAUCUUAUCCCACAUUUUCAUGCACUGUCUCCCGAAAGACAAGUACUUGUCACCUGACUCAAAGCUGCCCCCUGUGCUGCUGACAAGAAUAUGCAGACGAUGGAGGGAUGUUGCUGUGGGUACGUCCGGUUUAUGGUGCAGAUUGUUUGUGGACGUCCGCCAUAGGGACUGGCAGAAAACAGCUUUCGGUUGUGACUCGUGGCUCAAGCGAUCACAACGAUGUCCUCUCUCAUUAGCAGUCAAGUGCGUGGGAAAUGAUAUGACCGACCAACAAAACCUUCUUUGGCCUUACAUGAAUCAAAUCUCGUCGCUCUAUAUCUGUUUUUCCUCCUCCUACCCCCGUCGUUCCAUUGGUGUCAGCAGGCCUCAUAGCGCUUCAGGAGCUGACCAUAUAUCAUCCUCAUCACAAUCCAGCCCUUGUACAAUGGGUCUCGCGACUGCCGCCCACUCUUCGCAGUCUCAAGCUACUGGGACUGUGGUUCGACAUCGAGCAGCCAUCUUCAUUAAAUCCCGUAUGGUCCCACCUGACAAACGUCCACAUCGUAAUAUAUAGAGAUGCCCAAGUUCUCUUCUUGCUUCGCCUAUGUCCCAACCUCUCCUCGUUAACGG